GAAUUUGAGACCGCACGAGCGGUAUGUGAUAAGAACAAAUUAAAGUCAAUUGCAACCACGGAAAAGGACUCUAAAUCUGUUUACUGGCUCCAGGAAAUCCACCCCCAAUCAGAGAGUACAGCAAUCUGUGGCCGCGAUCCGGGAGUCUCGUAAAGAAAACCCUGGAGCGCGCCGGACCUUCUACGGCUUCCCGAUAAGAAAUGGGUGAAGAAAACGAGGAAAUCAACGUCCGGGAGAGGCUGUGUGAUAACCUUUUGGACCUCAGCCUGCUGAACAUCUCCACGGUGCCGGUAGACGAAAUCAAAGCCCUCCGGAGAGCGACGAUUCUGGAUUUGUCCAACAACCGAAUCACAACUAUCGGGUCGGAUUUCCUCGCUCUCACGCAAAUCACCCAGCUGGAUUUGUCGAAGAACCGCAUCACUUCGAUCUGCGAUGACUUCGGCCAGCUGACCAGCCUACGCCGGCUCGAUCUGUACAACAAUCAAAUCACCCGGCUGCCGCUCACGUUCGGACGGCUGAAGAAUCUCAAGUAUCUUGAUCUGAAGAACAAUCCGCUGAACCCGGCACUGAGCAAAAAGAUUGGCACGUUCAGCGACACCAACGAUUGCCUAGCGGCCGCAUCGCGUGCCGUAGAACUGAUGAACAGCAUCGAGCAGAUGAUGCUGCGGGAUUGCAACGAGGAGAUUGCGAAGCGUGAGGCCGAGGAGAGGGCACUGGCGAAAGAGGAAACCGCUUCAGAGGCCGGUGGUAAGGGCAAGCGUAAGCGCAAGCAAACCGGCAUCGACGGAGAGGCAAUGGGUUCCGCGGACCAGAAAGGCACUGCCGCUGAGGGCGAUCGAAGAAACAAUAAGCAGCAGCAAUAGAAGCAGCACCAAGGUUCCGAUUCGUCCAGCUCCUGGUUAUCUUCCAUUUUAACAUUUGUCCUGCUGCUGCUCACGGGUCUGCUGCUCGUGUACUCGGCAACCUACUCCGGUAUCGUGAAGUCUCUCUGGGAGGAUUCCGAGAAUCUGAUCCUGGAGGAGUACA